CGUGCGCAUGUGUCACCGCCGGUGUCCUCAGGUAAACAAAUCGCUGCUUUUUUGUCAUUGGAACUGUCCGUGGAAAAUGAACGUCUCCCUGCUCAUCGCGGAGCCCGCCGUUCUUCGCCAUUCUCGCAUUUACAGAGUUCUUCAGCAGUGUUCGCUCCGUUGCUUCUCCACCCUCGUAUUCAGAAAGAACCUGCUGGAUUGCUGCAGGUUGUUAGAACUUCCAGAACAGCUUAGCAGUAGCCCAGAUGAGGUGAAGGAGGCUUACCUGAGGCUGGCUAAGAAGUACCAUCCAGACAGUGGCUCUACCAGUUGUGACCCCAUAAAGUUCAACCAGAUUGAAGAGGCCUACAGGACCGUGCUGUCCUACCUAGUGGAAAAGAAGAGGAAAGAGGCAAGUGCGAGUAGAGGGGAGGGAGAGGACGAAGAGGAAGAGAAAUGUAAACGCCAUUCCCCACAGCACAGACAGUAUUUAACCUUUGAAGGGGUGGGAAUCGGGACCCCGAGCCAGAGAGAACGCCAGUAUAGACAGUUUCAGGUUGACCGAGCGUCCGAUCAGCUGUUAGAGUACAGGAAGCGAACCCUCGAGGCCCAGACCGCUGGGAACGAACUCAUUGCCAGUGACUUGCGGAGAAGCAAGAAGAUCAAGAUCACCCAAGCCAUUGAACGGCUGGUGGAGGAUCUGAUCCAGGAGUCAAUGGCCAAGGGGGACUUCAGCAACCUGAGUGGUAAAGGAAAGCCCCUGAACAAGUUUGGUAACAAUCCUUACAUCGACCCGAUGACUCACAACCUCAACCGCAUCCUCAUCGACAAUGGAUACCAACCACAGUGGAUCUUGGCACAGAAGGAGAUCCGUGAGACCAUCGGCAAACUAAGAGCAGAACUGCUGGCCUCCAGGAGGAAGAUCGGCGAGCCCCUGAACGCAAGCAGGCAACGACAGUGGCAAGCGACGUGCGAGGAGUUUGCCAAAGAUCUAGCAAGCCUUAACAAGAAAGUGGACGACUUCAACCUCAUUGUACCUUUGCUCAGUCGCCAGAUGGUCCAUUUUAAUGUGGAGCGGGAGGUGGGGAGGGCGUUACGUGGCCACGAGGAGUUAAGACAUAUAGAGGAGCUUGAACGGCCCCCCGAGGACGAGAUCGAGGAGGAUACAAAUCGGAGGGGAGGCCUUUUCAAGUGGAUGAGGGACCUUCUUAAGUAAAUGUUGUGUGAAAUCAAUCUGAACCUCGCGUCCAUUUAUGUGUUGUCAUGAACUUGACAAAGAGAUGCAAACAAGUUGUGGGGCAGCCACCCCGUAUAUGUUGGUUUCCUGGCUGCAAAAUUGGCAGAGUAAAUGUGUUACAGAUUAGAGUCCAGGACAGAACUGAUUAGAGAUGGUCAAGAUGGCGGGUUGUAAAGGCAAACAGAGGAAAUGACGUCAUCAGUGAGGCCGGAACCAGAAGUGAUGUCAUCAAUGGGACAAGACCCGGAAGUGACG